AUGGAUAAUAGGUAAGGUAUAGAGAUGGAGGAUGAGUAUUAUGAAUUGUAAAGUCCUUCACACUUGUUUAAAAAGAUCGAUUGCUUUGUAACUUUGGGAUAAUUUGAUUUAGAUGAGGAUGAAAAUGAAAAUUUCCCUCAACAUAUAUAGAUAGAGUAGCCAGAAAUUAAAAACUUUAGGCUUCAUAAAUUUUUUAAUGUAGAGCCUGAAGUGAAUUAAUUUGUUCAAAAGUAAUAAGAGGUUCAACAUGAACCAAGAAUGAGACCUUAACGUAAGAUGUCUCAUAGUUUACCUUCAUUUAUGGAAGAAAUAGAUACACUAAUUUCUUAGGUUAUUGAGAAAUAAAAUGGAUUCUUAGAAUAAUAAAAAUAUAAUGUAAACAAAUUAUAGUUACUUAAUUUUAGGAUGCUUUAAAUAAUAUUGAUAAUUUUACGUUUUUAGAGUAAUCUCUAUCUCAACCUUAAGUUUUCAAAUAAUUUUAUUAUCAAUACAUAAGAACUAUUAAUAAGUUAAAAAUGUAUAGAUAACAAAAAAGGUAUGUAUAAUAAUCAAAAAAUAAUUUUAGAUUAGAUGUAAAAUAAUUUAUGGCAUUUGUUUGUUCUUUAGGGAUUGAAUUUAUAUAAGAGACAUUCAAUUUAAUUCAUAAAGCUGAUAGCUCUUGGUGUUUUGAGUUGCUUAAACAAGAAGGUCUUACUUAAUAAAUGCAUACUGAAAAUUAAUAAUAAUCAUUAUAAGAUUUUAAAUUAUAGAAAACAUAAUUCCAAUAAAUUUAUUAAUAAAAGUAACAUUAAAUUGAUAUUAAUAAAGAAUAGUAUUAACCAUAAACAAUAUAAUUAGUUGAUUAAUAAUAAUAACAUUCUGUAAAUUAAUAAGAACAAUAAUUAAGUUCUUUAAGUAUUGUAAAUGAAGCAAUUGAAAAAAAAGGAAGAAAAACUUGGUCAAAUAAAGAAAUGGAAACUUUAUUAAAUUUUAUUAAUACUUAUUAAAAUAGUUCAAUUACUAAUUAAUAAAUCUAAGAAUUAUCAAAAUAAUUAGGUAGAACUUGGUAUUCUGUAUAAUCAAAAAUAUAAAAAUUAAAAAAAAAUGUAUAAGAUCAAAUAAGUGAUGUUAGAAGUUUGAGUAUGAAAGAUGAUCCUUCAAAAGAAUAAUUAAAAAUGUAAAGAAUUAGCACUAAAUAUGAUUAUACUGUAGAAGAUAUGAUUAAGAUUACUCUAUAAUAAUUAGAAGGAAGAUGUGGUACUAAAUAAAAGAUUAUUGAAUCUAUUAAUCAAAAUUUCUUUAAUGGAUAAUUAUCUGAAGAUUCAGCUUGUUUAAGAUCAAUCUCAAUAACUCUUUCUAAUAAUCGAAGUUAAUUUAUUAGGAAAAUAAAGGGUUAUUUUGAUUUAAAUGAAAAUUAUUAAGAUAGAGGAGAGGAUGACAAUAAAAUGAGAAAUAAAUUAGUAACCAUUCUAUAAAAUCUACCAUAACAAAAAGGAACUUUAUAAUAAAUAGUUGCAUCUUAUACUGAAAACUAAUUUUUUGAUGAAGUCAAUAAUAAGAAAUUAUCAAAAUAGAUAAGCUAAACAUUAAGACUCAGUAAUCGUUUUGAUAAAAGAAAUGCUAAAACCAUAUAUAAAAUACAAGAAUGA